CCUCCUCCGGCCCCGCAGGCGCCCUUGGGCCCCGCCGCCCCGCCCGCCCGCCCGCCCCGCCCCGCCAUGCUGCCCUGGCGCCGCCACAAGUUUGUGCUGGUGCGGGACGAGGCGGGGCGCGGCGGGAAGAGCCUGCGGCCGGGGAAGGGCUGCUCGUCGCUGCUGUCCGGGCUGCUGCGCCCCUGCCCGCACCUGCUGGCCGCCUGGCCGGGCCUGGGCCGCGUGUUCCGCCGGCGGCGCGGGAAGGCGGCGCUCAGCCGCGAGGACCCGACCUACACGGUGCGCUACCUGGGCAGCGCGGCCACGCUGCAGGCCAAGGGCGACGGCUGCACGGACGACGCGGUGGGCAGGAUCUGGGCGCGCUGCGGGCCGGGCGGGGGCACCAAGAUGAAGCUGACGCUGGGCCCGCACGGCCUCCGCAUGCAGCCCUGCGAGCGCGGCCCGGGGGUCCCGCACGGGGCCCGGCUGCAGCCCUGCGGCGGGUGCGCGGCAGCGACCGCGGGGGUCCCGCACGGCCUCCGCACGCACCCCUGCGAGCGCGGGCCCGCACACGCCUACCUGCUGCGGCGCAUCACGCACUGCGCGGCGGACGGCCGGCGGCCCCGGGUGCUGGCCUGGGUGUACCGCCACCCCGCGCGCCACAAGGCCGUGGUGCUGCGCUGCCACGCGGUGCUGCUGGCGCGGGCGCGCAAGGCGCGGGGCCUGGCCCGCCUGCUCCGCCACAGGGUGCUGGCGGCCCUCAGCGACUUCCAGCGCCUGCAGCGCCUGAGCGACGCCCGCCGCGGCCGCCAGCUGCUCCUGGGGGGGCCCCCCGGCCGCGCCCCGCCGCGCCGCCUGCUCAACGCGCCCUGCGCCUACCGCCCGCCCUGCGAGCGCGCCCGCGGCAGCCGGCUGGGGCCCAUCCGCGAGGAGGACGAGGAGGACGAGCGCCCCGAGGUGCUGGGCCUGGCCCGCGCCCUGAGGACGUGCAGCCUGCGCGGCGGCCCCGACUGACCAACUCUGCGCGCAGGCCGCCCGCCCCCUCCCAAGCCCCUUCCCACGGCAAGGGGGAGAAGCUUCCAGAAAGCCCAAGCGGGGGCCCGGCAGAGACGUCUCGGCCUCCUCCCCAGCA